GAAGCUCCGCCCACGCGCGGAGUGGGGUGUGGCCGGGCGGGUGAGCGAGCCAGCGCUGGCGGGGAACGCUGGAGCCAGGCGGCCGCGCGCUGUCCUGGACCCCGCCCCGAGCAGCUUCUCCGCCCUGUCCAGCAGCGCAGCGGGAGGAUGCGCGAGCGUCUCCCCAGGGAGCAGCAGGCGGCGCCACCUGGCCAGGUUAUAAAACAGCUAAAUGGAGUCUGAGCAGCUUUUCCAUAGAGGCUACUAUCGAAAUAGUUACAACAGUAUAACUAGUGCAAGCAGUGAUGAGGAGCUUUUAGAUGGAGCAGGUGUCAUUAUGGACUUUCAGACUUCUGAAGAUGACAAUUUGUUAGAUGGUGAUGCAUCGAUUGGAACUCAUUAUACAAUGACAAAUGGAGGAAGCAUUAAUAGUUCGACACACUUACUGGACCUCUUGGAUGAACCCAUUCCUGGGGUUGGAACAUAUGAUGACUUUCACACCAUUGACUGGGUGCGAGAGAAGUGCAAAGACAGAGAAAGGCACAGACGGAUUAACAGCAAGAAGAAAGAAUCCGCUUGGGAGAUGACAAAAAGUCUGUAUGAUGCAUGGUCAGGAUGGCUAGUAGUCACACUAACUGGUUUGGCGUCAGGGGCAUUGGCGGGGUUGAUAGACAUUGCUGCUGAUUGGAUGACUGACUUAAAGGAAGGCAUUUGCCUUAGUGCUUUGUGGUUUAACCAUGAACAGUGUUGUUGGGGAUCAAAUGAAACCACGUUUGAAGAGAGAGACAAAUGUCCACAGUGGAAAACAUGGGCAGAACUAAUAAUUGGUCAAGCAGAAGGUCCAGGUUCAUACAUUAUGAACUACAUCAUGUACAUUUUCUGGGCCUUGAGCUUUGCCUUUCUAGCAGUUUCUUUGGUGAAGAUAUUUGCUCCCUAUGCCUGUGGCUCUGGGAUUCCAGAGAUUAAAACUAUUUUGAGUGGCUUUAUCAUCCGAGGUUACUUGGGCAAAUGGACCUUGCUGAUAAAAACCAUCACUUUAGUCUUGGCUGUAGCAUCAGGUCUGAGUUUAGGAAAGGAAGGUCCUCUGGUACAUGUUGCCUGUUGCUGUGGGAAUAUUUUUUCCUACCUCUUUCCAAAAUACAGUACAAAUGAAGCAAAAAAAAGAGAGGUGUUAUCAGCUGCUUCAGCUGCAGGAGUAUCAGUAGCCUUUGGAGCCCCAAUUGGUGGUGUCCUUUUUAGUUUGGAGGAGGUCAGUUACUAUUUCCCAUUGAAAACUUUAUGGAGGUCCUUUUUUGCUGCUUUAGUGGCUGCAUUUGUUUUGCGAUCCAUCAAUCCUUUUGGUAACAGCCGUCUUGUUCUUUUUUAUGUGGAAUACCAUACCCCUUGGUACCUUUUUGAACUGUUUCCAUUCAUUCUUCUGGGAGUGUUUGGUGGACUGUGGGGAGCAUUUUUCAUCCGUGCAAACAUCGCCUGGUGCCGCCGACGCAAAUCAACAAAAUUUGGGAAGUAUCCUGUCCUGGAGGUCAUCAUUGUUGCAGCAAUAACAGCUGUCAUUGCCUUUCCUAAUCCAUACACAAGGCUCAAUACCAGUGAGCUUAUUAAAGAGCUCUUCACAGACUGUGGGCCUUUAGAAUCCUCCUCUCUUUGUGACUACAGAAAUGACAUGAAUGCCAGUAAGAUAGUAGAUGAUAUUCCUGAUCGUCCAGCAGGCACUGGAGUUUAUUCAGCCAUAUGGCAGCUGUGUUUAGCACUUAUAUUUAAAAUAAUUAUGACAGUCUUCACCUUUGGUAUCAAGGUUCCAUCAGGUUUGUUCAUACCUAGUAUGGCAAUUGGAGCAAUAGCAGGAAGGAUUGUGGGAAUUGCUGUGGAGCAGUUGGCUUAUUAUCACCAUGACUGGUUUAUCUUCAAGGAGUGGUGUGAAGUUGGAGCUGACUGUAUCACGCCCGGCCUAUAUGCCAUGGUUGGUGCCGCUGCAUGCUUAGGUGGUGUGACAAGAAUGACUGUCUCCCUAGUGGUCAUUGUAUUUGAGCUGACAGGUGGACUGGAGUACAUUGUGCCCCUCAUGGCUGCAGUGAUGACCAGUAAAUGGGUGGGUGACGCUUUUGGUAGGGAAGGCAUCUAUGAAGCGCACAUCCGGCUGAAUGGCUAUCCUUUCUUGGAUGCUAAAGAAGAAUUCACUCACACAACACUGGCUGCUGAUGUUAUGAGGCCUCGGAGGAGUGAUCCACCAUUGGCAGUGCUGACUCAGGAUAACAUGACAGUGGAAGAUAUAGAAAACCUGAUCAAUGAAACGAGCUAUAAUGGUUUCCCUGUUAUAAUGUCGAAAGAGUCUCAGAGACUAGUGGGAUUUGCUUUAAGGAGAGACUUAACUAUCGCAAUAGAAAGCGCUAGAAAGAAGCAGGAAGGUAUUGUUGGUAGUUCCAGAGUCUGUUUUGCCCAACAUACCCCAUCACUUCCAGCAGAAAGUCCCCGGCCUUUGAAACUUAGAAGCAUUCUUGAUAUGAGCCCUUUCACCGUGACAGAUCACACACCAAUGGAAAUAGUGGUGGAUAUUUUCCGCAAGCUGGGUCUGAGGCAGUGCCUUGUAACACACAAUGGGAUUGUCUUGGGGAUCAUCACAAAGAAGAACAUAUUAGAACAUCUCGAGCAACUAAAGCAGCACGUCGAACCCUUGGCGCCUCCUUGGCAUUAUAACAAAAAAAGAUAUCCUCCGUCAUAUGGCCCAGACGGCAAACCAAGAUCCCGCAUCAAUAAUGUUCAACUGAAGCCCAUAGCUGAGGAGAGAGAGGAAACAGAAGAGGAGGUUCAUUUGUUGAACAGUACAACACUUUAGCCUGAAGGAGUCUUCUGUGGUUGGAAUUAAGAGCUGGAUUUUUGCAUAGCCGUGCAGUUGGAAUUUAAAAGUUGGUCUGGGGGAGCACGGAGAGGUGGGAGUUCCUCACUGUAACAUGGAGAGUGUGAGCCUCUGCUAUCCUGCACUGGAUGCGUUCCAUGAUGACAGAUCUGCCAUGAUAGUGCAGUGCGAAAGCUGGGUCAGAAGACAGAAUUCUCAAAGCCCUGUGCUAACAUUGACAAGAUGCAUUGUUAGUCCCUGUUUCCAGAGGGAUCACUUGAAUUGAGCCAUUUUUUGAGGAUUGCAAGGUCUUUCCCUUUUUACCAUUGAAAACUGUUGUGUUAAUUCAUGAAAUAUAUAAUUAGUACUCAUCACCUUUCUACAUUCCAGAAGAGCUUUUAUUUCUCUCUCUCUCUCUCCUGAGCUGUAACAAAGGCUCUUUAAAAUUGGUGUGCCCUUCUGAAGCAGUAGUUUCUCAUAUUGAGAUGUACUGUGACUUACUAAGGUUUGAUCACAAGAAGGGAGUUUUUCUUGUGCCAUUAAACAUGUAGUUCGUACAUCAUGAAAAGCUUGAGGCGGCAGUCUGAAUCUGCUUCAGCAAAAGCAGAUUGAACAGGUAAUACCUUGUGUGAAGCAUGUGUGAAAUUUUGCAGCCUUAGGUGCUGUGAUUUCAGAAAAAUUUAAAAAUAGAUUAAACUUGAGUUUCUAGGAAAAUGCUUUUCCUGCAGAAUAUAUCAAUAAUGUGACCUGGUCUUAUGCAAUUUUUGUAUUAUUGAAGACACUGACAUAUACCAAUGUUGUGCAGUAUAAGGAAAGUACUGCUACUCUGAUAACUAAGAACAGGAACAAUUCUGUAUAGGUGUAUCUGAUGGUAAUUGCAUGCGGAAACACUGGACAUAUUUUUUACAUUAAAUUAAAAUCAAUCAUCUUUAGUUUUCCUUUACCACAAAAAGAUGUUCCACUGCUGACACUGAAGAAAGAAAUGUAAUUCAUAACUUGCACUAAAUGUAUAUUUUUUCUUGAAAUUUACCAUUCUUUAUUUAUAUUUUUAUGGAUUAAAAUAUAUUAAAUACAAAUCAGUUAAUAUCUUACAUAAUUAAUUCAACCUUUAAUUUGAUUUUUAUAGAGUAAUUCAAAAUCCUCUACAUACAGUGGAGGAUGGGGAAGAAGUUUACAACUAGAUGAAGGGUUUAAACAAGAAAUUAUUUCUUUAUUAUCCAACAUGGGUAUAAUAGCAUUUGUAACCUCACCUUUCACUGCCAUAACUUUGAGGUGUCCAUUUGUUCAUUAUUAUGAAACUGUAAAACUACAAAUACUUCUUAAAUACUGCAGGGUUUUAGAAAUAAUUAAUUGUGAGACCUGUUGUGACUGACUUGUGUUUAAGAAUCUAGAAAUACACUGGCUGAAAGUUUGAAUGAAAUGUAGCUUCUUAGAAAAUGAAACACAAACUUACUUGAAAGAUUGAGUAGGUUUUAAACUUCAGCAGCAACAUACACUUUAGCAGGCAGACAGAUUCAGAACAUUUUUUUUCUUUUCAGAAAGCCUGUUGUAAUUAUUAGCUGAACAUAUUCAUUUAUCAGGUUUUUAAAAAAUCACACACAAAGAAAAGGCAACAUCCCAAGAACUUAUUGUCCCAAAAAAAGAAAACGAUAGAAUAGAGAAGGGGCAGUUUAAAAAACUGGUGUGCAUGUUACAUUCAUGUCAUUGUACAUUCAGUAAUUUUAUAAUUUGGAAUUGGACAUAGUGACCUCCUAACAUUAUUCCUCAAACUAUGAAAUAUACCAGGUUUAAAAAAAAAAUCAAUCACUCUUAGCUACUUUUAGCAUUUGUAAUCCUGAAGGUUCUGAUUCAGCAAAGCACUACAUGCCUGCUUACUUUUAGCAUGACAUCAGUCUUGAGGGAAUUCUGCAAUUUUACUUGGCUCCAAAUGUAACAGGUGAAGAAUUCUCCCACAGUUAGAGUAAUCUCAGUGAAGCUAAUGGGACUAGUAGCAUUCUUAAAAGUAAUGCAUGUGUUUACAUGCUUCUCUCAAUCAGGACUAUUUAUAAAACUGUAAUGAUUGUUUAAAUUCUGUUGUCUUGUCCCAGUAGAAAACAGAAGAGUUUUCUACAGAGCCUGUGCUACUCAUGGUCAGCCCCCUUUUAAAGGUUGGUUUGGAACUAAAGCAGGGAAUCAAGAUACUAUUAAAAGUGCAGUUUUGCAACUAAAUUAACUUUAAUUUUUUAACUGAAGUAAUAUAAUGGGCCAAAUGAUGCCAUAUUACAGCGAUCCAACCAUUACAUAAAUUGGAAGCAGCGUAAUUGGUUUUUGGAGCUAGUUCUAAUUUCAAUUGAUCUGAGUGCAAAAUUUGGCUUGUCUGUAGAAGUCAGUUCAGGAGGUUACUGGUAAUGCUGCCUUUCAUCAUCCAGCUAAAGCUUGUUGGUCUUUCUUAUAGUGAAACAAUAUAAACAUGCUUUUCUUUAAAAAAAAAUGCAUAUUUUCUAAUCACUUUGAAACCCCACUCCUACCGCUGUUGUUCUUUGCCAUAAGGCACAUCAGUGUGUGUAUUUUAUAAAUUCAUAUCUAGUUCUACUUUGAAACUGCAUGAAGUGAAAAAAUACAAUUCAGGCCCUUGUUGUGUAACUCCAAGUGCAACAUUUAUAUUGUGCUGAUUUCAUACCCCUCUGUUCACUGUUUUUACUUGCUAUGCUUUCCUCAUUGAUAUUUGACAUUAUCUAGUCAUCGUACAUUAGAAAUUCUGAUACGGAUUAAGCGUGCCUGUACUGUUCAACAAAAAAGGUUUGUUCUCUAAUGUAAAAUUUCCCAACGCCUUAUUACAAUUAACUGAUUUGAGCAGAUGGGGUAAGGGUGUCAGCAUCUUUUUGUUUUUAACUGUUUAGUUACUGGUUCAUGAAGAAUGCAUAGUUUGUUAAUCUGUGAUGUUGCCUAGAGCUGUAUUUAAUAUUGAUCUUAAUGUUUUUAUUUAUAAUCGUGUGGUAGAGUUGCGUAUCAUUACAGUAAACUGAUUACUGCGAUGAUUCAAUCAUAAAUAUAUUAAACAUUUCUGUAUGACCA